AUGGCUUGGUCUAAUGUCUCACCAGAAGCCGCUGCUCUGCUCAGCCACACCACAAAGCUUCAUAUUCUGGAAGAAACAUUAUCAGAUCUUAUAGUUCAAAGUUCAGCAGAUGAUCAGCAGGAUGAUACUGGCAAGAUAAUUAACGAAGCGUAUGGAUGCAGUCAAGUAGCAGGAGAGGAUUGA